CGAGGGAAGCUCCAGCCUCUGAGCCUUGAAGUCUGCUAACAAAAGCGAUGAAACGUGGAAUUUGAACGCUUUCCAAAACGUUUGCAAGUUGUAUUUUCCUAUAAUUGUAGUCGGCCUUUAAAUUUGCGAGGUUAUAAAAUCAUGAGCGUCUUCGGCUCUACGUAACUGUAUCAUUAGGCUCUGAACGUCAACUGCUAACUAGCUAAGCUAACGCUGUAGGCUAACUUUACCAUAUCGAGGCCGCUUGGUGUCGACAGAAAAUGUUAGCUCGCUUUGGCUUCUCAGUUUGCUAACCGGCGGUAGGCUGGUGUGUUGUUAUGCUAAACAGAAUAACUACGCUUCAUUUGACUGACAGACGUCUGUAAACGUUAUCACCAGCAUCAUGUUUAUCUACCUCAGCAAGAAGAUCGCUAUUCCCAACAAUAUCCAUCUAAAAUGUGUCUCCUGGAACAAAGAUCAAGGCUUCAUCGCCUGUGGAGGAGACGAUGGUCUCCUGAGAGUGCUGAAGCUUGAAACUCAGACAGAUGAUGCCAAACUCAAAGGUCUUGCUGCACCCAGUAACCUAUCGAUGAACCAGACGCUAGAGGGACACAGUGGUGCAGUGCAAGUGGUCACGUGGAACGAACAAUAUGAAAAGCUGACAACCAGUGACCAGAAUGGACUCAUCAUUGUAUGGAUGCUUUACAAAGGUGCAUGGUAUGAGGAGAUGAUCAACAACAGGAACAAGUCAGUGGUGAGGAGCAUGAGCUGGAACGCUGAUGGUCAAAAGAUCUGCAUUGUGUAUGAAGAUGGGGCUGUCAUUGUUGGAUCUGUAGAUGGAAACCGGAUUUGGGGAAAGGAGCUAAAGGGAAGUCAGCUGGCUCAUGUGGCAUGGUCUCCAGACAGCAAGAUCCUUCUCUUCGGCAUGGCCAAUGGAGAAGUACAAAUCUAUGACAAUCAAGGAAACUUCAUAAUGAAAAUGACCAUCAGCUGUCUCAGUAAUGCGACUGGAGCUGUGAGUAUAGCAGGUAUCCACUGGUAUGCAGGAACCGGGGGUUACGUCGAGCCCGACUGCCCAUGUCUUGCGAUCUGUUUCGACAAUGGAAGAUGCCAGAUCAUGCGUUAUGAGAAUGAUGAAAACCCAGUGUGUAUUGACACUUUGAUGAAUGUGGUCAGCAUCCAGUGGAACCAUUGUGGCAGUGUGCUGGCAGUGGCAGGUUCCCUCAGAGCCUCAAAUAUGGAGAAAGAGUUCAACGUGGUGCAGUUCUACACGCCAUUUGGAGAGCAUCUAAGAACUCUCAAAGUGCCUGGGAAGCAGAUGUCAGGAGUUGCCUGGGAGGGAGGAGGGCUGCGAAUCGGCCUGGCUGUGGACUCCUACAUCUAUUUUGCCAACAUUAGGCCAGAUUAUAAGUGGGGCUACUGUUGCAGCACGGUGGUGUACGCCUACACAAAACCAGAGCGACAAGAAUACUGUGUGGUAUUCUGGGAAACCAAAAACAAUGAGAAGUUUGUCAAAUAUGUCAAGAGCUUGAUGUCAAUCACCACAUCUGGGGACUUCUGCAUCCUGGCCAGCAAGGCAGACGACACCCAGCCUCAGUAUGUCCUGAUUCUGUGCAACUCCAUCGGAACUCCACUGGACUCAAAAUACAUUGAGAUUGAUCCCAUGUUUGUCACCAUGACCAAGACGCAUGUCAUCGCUGCAUCCAAAGAAGCUUUCUACUUGUGGCAAUACAGAGUGGCAAAGAAACUGACUGCCCUGGAGAUCAACCAAGUGAACAGAACAAAAAAGGAGGGACGGGAAAGGGUGUAUCACAUUGACAGCAAUCCAACUGGAGGUGGGGACAGUGGUCCAGAUUUUGCUAAAGCCUUCACAGCCACUCGAGAUCCAAUCUGUUGCAUUACAGCAACAGAUAAGACCCUGAUUGUGGGUCGUGAGUCUGGUACCAUCCACAGAUACAGCCUUCCAAAUGUUGUUCUCAUCCAGAAAUACACUUUGAACAACAGAGCCUAUUAUCUCUCCUUGAACUGCAAUUCCAGUCGUCUUGCCAUAAUCGACAUCGCAGGCGUGCUGACUUUGUUGGACCUGGAGGUUCGUGCCUCCACAGAUGACAGCACAGGAAACCAGACAUCUGCAGGAGAUCCAUCUAAGUUUGAGCGCAAAGAUGUCUGGGACAUGAAGUGGGCGAAUGACAACCCCGACUUGUUUGCCAUGAUGGAGAAGACCAGGAUGUACGUCUUUAGGAACCUGGACCCAGAGGAACCCAUCCAAACAUCUGGAUACAUCUGCAACUUUGAGGACCUGGAAAUCAAAUCUGUCUUGCUUGAUGAAAUCAUGAAGGAUCCAGAGAGGCCAAACAAAGACAACCUCAUCAACUUUGAAAUCCGCUCUCUGAGAGACAGUCGCACACUGAUUGAAAAAGUGGGCAUUGAAGAUGCUUCACAAUUCAUUGAAGACAAUCCUCACCCAAGACUCUGGCGACUGCUGGCUGAGGCAGCCCUCCAGAAACUGGAUCUGAAGACAGCUGAGCAGGCCUUUGUCCGCUGCAAGGACUACCAGGGCAUUGAGUUUGUCAAGCGCCUGGGCAACCUGCAGAGUGAGCCCAUGAAACAAGCAGAAGUGGCAGCUUACUUUGGCAGGUUUGAGGAAGCUGACCGCAUGUACCUGGACAUGGAUCGCAGGGACCUCGCCAUCAGCCUCCGGAUCAAGCUGGGAGACUGGUUCAAGGUGCUGCAGCUACUCAAAACUGGUUCUGGGGACUGUGAUGAUGCCCUGCUCGAACAGGCCUACAAUGCAAUCGGAGACUACUUUGCAGAUAGACAAAAGUGGGUCAACGCAGUGCAGUACUAUCUUCAGGGCCGUAACCAGGAGAGGCUGGCAGAGUGCUACUACAUGUUAGAGGACUAUGAUGGCCUUGAAAAGCUCACUGCUCUUCUGCCAGAGAAUCACAAACUGUUACCGGAGAUUGGACAGAUGUUUGCCACCGUGGGCAUGUGCGAACAGGCUGUGAACGCCUACCUUAAGUGCAACCAACCCAAAGCUGCCGUUGACACAUGUGUCCAUCUGAACCAGUGGAACAAAGCAGUGGAACUCGCCAGGACGCACAACAUGAAGGAGAUCAAAUCUCUUCUUUCCAAAUAUGCUUCACAUCUUCUUGAGAAGAAUAAAACUCUGGAGGCGGUGGAACUCUAUCGGAAAGCUCACCACUUUCUUGAUGCAGCCAAACUCAUGUUUAAGAUAGCCGAUGAGGAGGCGAAGAAAAGGACCCGACCUCUGAGGGUGAAGAAGCUCUACGUACUGGCAGCACAUCUUGUUGAAAAUUACCAUGAGCAGGUGAAGACGUCUCAGCAGAGCAAAGCCAAAGGAAAGAAGUCUGAGGCAACGUUUGCACUUGCUGGGCUGCUUGAGGAAGAUGCAACAUCUUCAGACAAUCGUAUUGUGGACAACGCUUGGCGUGGAGCAGAAGCGUACCACUUCUUCCUGCUUGCUCAAAGGCAGCUGUAUGAAGGCUACAUGGAGAAUGCCAUGCGCACAGCUCUUCACCUGCGCGAGUAUGAGGACGUCAUCCCUGCAGUGGAGAUCUACUCUCUGCUCGCCAUUUGCUCCGCAGCCAACCGGGCCUUCGGCACCUGCUCACAGGCCUUCAUCAAACUGGAAUCCUUGGAGAGUCUGGACCCUGAACAGCGACAGCUAUAUGAGGAUCUGGCCCUGGAAAUCUUCACCAAACACACCCCGAAAGACAGCCGCAUGCUGGAGCUGGACCGGUCGUCAGAGGGGACGGAGGGAAAAUUACCCACAUGCAUCGUGACAGGUCUGCAGAUCCAGGAGUACCAGUUUUGGAUGUGCAGUGUAUGCAAACACUGCGCUCUGGAGCAGGAGAUCAGCAAAUACAACUGCUGCCCGCUGUGCCACAGUUCUGUAGCGUGAAGCCCAAAACCUCAAGUUUCAUAAGAACAAUUCACUAAAACUGAAAAGUAAUAUUUCAAAGUAUGUUUUGUGUGUUUGCAAAGUGAAGUACUUGUGGAGGUGGCUGCACCUUGUUUCAUGCUAAAAGGUGCAUAUAUAGUGUGUAUAGGACAUAUUGUGUUCAACUAGCUUCAAUUCAUGUAUCUGUAGUAAUUUACUUAAAUGUAUUGCUUUUUUCUUAAAUGUUGUAAAAUACCUCAAUGAAUACAACUGCUUUCUAACUAUUUUUACAUUGAAGUCAACGGUAAAUAAACGUAUAUAUUAUAAAUGUGGA